AGUCUUACGCGUAAUUCGUAACCGGCACAUCGCUUUGCGCAGCUAACAGGUGCACUCGCUUGGCUGUGGUGUGACAAAUUAUUAUUAUUGAGUCGACAACGUCAAUAAAAUAUCAUUGUUUAAAAUUUAAAUCAGACGAUCGCGUCGCGUCGUCGCGUUAUUCUGAAGACAAUAAUAUUAAAUUAUUAUUUGUUAAAAUUAGACAUACACCAGAGACCGUGACGGAAAUGAUCGAAGUAAACUUUUACAGUGUAGUGUUGAUGCCGUUGGCGGGUUUGAUAUCGUACGCGAUAUGGUCGCGACUACGUAUGCCGGUGGAAUACCGACAGAUCUCGUCUCACGUGCCUUCCGCAACGAAAACCUUUUGGAGUGAGAUGGUGCUUUCAUGGAAACUUGCGAUGAUGCAACCCAAAGAUAUAUUGCCAUUUCUCACGGAUUUAAUAAGAAAUAACGGUCCAGUAGUUCAUUUUAACCUUUCAGGCCGAUCAUACGUUUUACUAAACGAUCCAGAUGAUUUAAAAAUUCUACUGUCCAAUACCCAAAAUAUCAAGAAAGGUCCAGAGUAUGAAAUGUUGAAACCAUGGCUGAACGAAGGUCUUUUGUUGAGCUCAGGUCAGAAAUGGCAUAAUCGACGGAAACUCCUCACCAACACGUUUCACUUCAAGACAUUAGACAUGUACAAUCAUUCCAUAAACAAACACUCACGCAUAUUGGUGGAUAAGCUAUUGGACGCUUCUGCAAACAGCAAUAAAGAAAUCUCCAUCGCUGAUUAUGUGACUUUGUGUUCUCUGGAUAUAAUUUGUGAAACAAUAAUGGGUACUGAAAUGAAUGCUCAAGAAGGCAAAUCAGUCCAAUAUGUCCAUUCAAUUAAAUGUGCUUGCAAAUCGGUGAUUGAACGUAUUUUCAAAUUCUGGCUGUGGAAUGAUCUGAUUUAUAAAAUUAGUGGAAGUGGUCAAAGUUUUUUUAAAUCAAUCAAAGCGCUACACGAGUUUACUGAUAACGUAAUUAAAAGUAAACGAGCGUUGUUGAAUAACUCUGGAAUUGAAGAAAUGCAGUCAGACAGUAAAUUUGAAAAAACGAAAAAGAAAUCAUUCUUAGACUUACUUCUCAACGUCUUGAACGACACGCCGGAUCAGAUGAACGACAGAGACAUUCGUGAGGAAGUAGAUACGUUUCUUUUUGAAGGCCACGACACGUCUUCCAUUUCGAUGACAAUGACUUUGGUUUUGCUGGGGAUGUACCCAGACAUACAAGAUCGAGCUAGGGACGAGCUACAUAGUAUUUUUGGAGACUCUGAUAGAAAUGCUACAAUGGAAGACUUGAAUGCCAUGAAAUAUGUAGAAGCCGUUAUUAAAGAAUCUCUUCGACUUUAUCCAAGUGUACCAGGCAUUACGAGAGAACUACAAACGCCAUUACAGCUUAAGAAUUACAUUAUUCCUCCGAUGACUACAAUUGCAGUAUAUCCUUUUAUUCUACACCGCAGUGAAAACAUAUAUCCAAAUGCUGAAGAAUUUAUCCCUGAAAGAUUUUUGGACGAGGAAAAUAAGGCGAAAUUUCAAUUUGGAUACUUACCGUUCAGCGCUGGCGCCAGAAAUUGUAUUGGACAAAAGUAUGCAAUGAAUCAAAUGAAAAUAGUUGUAUCAACCAUUUUACGGAAUGCGAAGUUUGAAUCCUUAGGAAGCAAAGAAGACAUUCAAAUUAGUACUCAAUUAGUCUUGAGAAUAGAAUCACUUCCAAAAAUGAAAUUUUUUAACCUUUAACUAUGCAUAGAAUAGAUAACCUAACCUAAUAUAUGUGUACCCAUUUUAGUCAUAUUUUGUUUUAUUCAAUUACUUAAUUUACCUAAGUACCUAUAAGUACCUUUUUUUAUGUAUGUUUAUUACAGUGCUGUAGAGGAGCACAGCAUCCUUAUUAUUAUAAAUUUAAUUAAUAAUAUUAUUAUAUUAAUCAUAAAUUAAUUGUUUUAAGACAUACCUAAUGUGAAAAUUGCAUUUCUAUUCAGUUAAUUUGGUACCUAAUAUAAAAAACAAAAAUAAAGAGCCUA